CCGACAACCGUCUGGAACUGAUGAAGUCCCAUGUGGCUGUGGGGUUGAUCGGCCCAAGAGGUCCAACCGUGCGCUCAGUGCUGGUUUCGAGUUGGAUCGCGUAGCACACGGAAUAUGUAGUGCGGAGAGUUGCUGUCGUUCGAUAUCUUUGAAACACCAGUUGUGGUCAUAUUUGACGUGCGCGGUCGCGUUGGAAACGAACUCGAAAAAACAAACCGACCGGUACACCGGUGAACACCUGUUCCGCCCCGGUCCCGUAAGAACAUUUGGGCUGGCUGCUCUCGUCGAGGGGGAGUAGGUGUAGUGCUACUUUCGACGGUGGUGUGCCUGUGGAAAAUUUGAAAAUUGGGAACUCCAACAAAACCGCACCACGGAUUGAGAAGAGGGUGUUGAAUUGAAGAGCCACUUGACAAUCGCUCAGAAGUGCGUGCGAGAUUGGGAAUCGAACUGAGUCGAAGUGAGAAAUUAGGAGGUCACUUUUUUGGGGAGGAGAGAUUUCAACGCCCCCGUUCUAAUCACACCCAUAUGUGUGUGCUGUGCUGAUUUCAUGGCGUGCGCACGCGCGUGCUCUUGUGCUUGAAUGAAUGAUGACGAAGAGGAUUUUUUCGCCUUGGAGCUGUUGGGCGUCGUGAAACAAAAACCUACGGAGAAGAUACCGCCCAGCAGCAGCAACAGCAGAAGCAGUAGCGGUUAAGCCAAAAAAAAACCCGACUCACUGUCUUUUUGGAAGCGGAUUUGUUGGCGGUGAUUAUGCGAUUGACGGUGCGUUGCUGCUCGUACCCUUAAGCUAUCCGUCCAAAUAGUGAAGUGUUUGCUGGUUGGUUUGGUUGUUGUUGCUGAUGGUGGUUUUGUGGGCUGCGAGUGAAUGACUUGGAUUUGUGCUGGCCUAAGCCGCUUGGUUGUUGUUAGCUAUCGUUGAUUCCCCGCCCCGUUCAGUGGAAGUGCCGAAGGCAGGAGGUGUUUAUAAUGUUUUAUUGUUGUUAUUAAGAUUUGGCAGUUCGACACAGCCGUCGAAUCUAGCUUGCAGCGGCACAGGGACUCACAGAAUUUGAAUAAUCUUCAUUUGAUGCCGCGAAACUAAUAAGACAGAGUGGCGACGCGACGCGGACGCGAAGGAAGCCCCAGUUGCAACGGUUAUCAUGUCCAUCCCAGCAACGGAUUGGACCAGUUGCAUCGAUCGGUGUGCUCGUAGGAAACAGCAAUUACGAUGAACAUCGCCGCCCAGGCCGCCGUUAAUCGUCUGACCGGCAGCAACAGCGCCACAUCUGUUGGUCAUGGACUUUUGGUGGCCGCUGCGGGUGCAUCGACUGCUGCAAUUGCGCCGACGAACUCGGCCAUGGUAGGUGCCCUGUGUGCACCGACCGGCGGCGUCUUUCCCAAAUCCAAAGAAUGCUGGGUGCUGCCCAGCAAUCAUCCGCUGAUGGCACCCAGGAUGACGAGCGAAAUCGUCAGCGAAGACGAUGAUGACGACGACGAAGAUCAGGAGGAGUCGCAGAGCGAAGACGAUGAGUCAUGUGGGACGGUUAGCGAUUACUCAACGGAGGAGGUUCCGGUGUGGAUCAAAGGGGAGCAGAGGUUUAUUUCCGGAGUGACGGAGGAAACGACCUGUGGAGAUCUCAUAGAGGCGUUGAUACAGCAGGAGAACUUGGGGACGGGGCCGAACGCGGCAAGCGAAACAAAAGAGUACUGCAUCACAGAGCGGUGGCGGCAGGUGGAGCAAGUGCUGGACAGCAAGACGAAGGUGUUGCAGAUAUGGUCGGCUUGGGGUAAAGCACAGCCAGAGGUUAAGUUCAUCCUCCACCGAAUGGACGGAUCUCACGGGUUUUCGGCGGCACCGCCAACCACGGCGGGUGGUGUCCUCGGCGGAAUGCCCACCGAGCGCGACAAAGACAGUGGCCGGGGAAGUCCCACGGGGAGCAUCAAUAGUGCAAUAGUGCGCCGGAAGCGGCACCGAGCGUCGAAGUCUUCGUUCGCGUGGAUGACUCACGGUACCACCAUCCAUCCAAAGUCCAACAAAAGUUCGAUCGAGCGUCUCAUGAAGCUGAUUCUAGAACAAGGGGACAUUAUACAGCAGCAGUUGUCCAAAUUAAGAGACCGCGAGCUCCAGAUCAGCAAAAUCGAAGAAGAUCGGCACCGGGUCCGCGAGAGAGCUCAUGGCAAAAAUUACCUGUUAGAAACCUACCUGAAGGGACUGCCAGAAACGACGUCCGAAGCAGAUCGCAACACCGGAGACAGCGGGGUCACAUCGGAAGCCACAACCGCAGCCUCACCGGAAGUCGAAUCCUGCGUCGAACGGGAUGCCGAAUCGCCAACUACUUCGGAGGAGAAGGAUGGCACCAUAAAGGAACAAAUCAAAAUGCUGGAGAAGAUUGUUCAGCUGAAUAAGCAGAUCGUGAAGGAAGAGGAAUCGGCGGUGAAACUGUACGAUCGAAUAAGACGCUAUCAGUUGGACAUUCCGAAUCAGUCCCAAGCACAGAUCGAGGAAAACUUAUCCAAGGUGAACGCAAGCUUAGAAAAGAGUGGAUGUGAACUUCAGAUGAUCGAUGAGAGCAUGAAGAGCUCCGAAAUGAUGCUGAGGGAGAAAACUUCUCUUCUGAAGUGUUUACAAGACGAACUGGAAGACCAAGAGGUGCAGAGCAACAUCAUAAUGGAUUUUUCCAUGCCGAAUCCAGUGCUGAGCAUCGGACGAAUGGGCCCUGCGGCGGAAGCUUCAGGGACACUUCAAAGCAAACCUCCCGUUCCAAACAGUUACCCACUGUAUCCAAUCAGUGAACAACCGCAACAACCCAUCGCCAAUACCCUGCCUCGAAAUCAACGUUUUCCGGUGACGGCUCAGAGCACGGUUCCCCAAAUUUCCGUCCAUCAGAUCAACAAGUUCAUCCAAAGCAAUCACAAGCUGGGAAACAACUGCAAUACCAUGCUGGAUGACAAGAUCUGCCCGAAGCAGCUGUUCAACUCGGCUAUCUACGCUCAACCAAUGAAGCAUCACGGGCUGGAGGCUUCGAAGAAACCUCCGGACGACGACGAUAUGACCAACAUGGGGACACUUGUUUAGGGGGCGGCGAUGCAUUGGUGCUAUCGAAUCAUCACACAACAAACGAAACACAAAUCAAAGAUAAGGGAGCAAACACAUUCCAAUCGGGAUCAUUUAGCAUAGUAGAUGUACACUAGGAUUAAUCACACUAAGGGAACAACGAGAUCAUUCUUAUAACCAAACAUAUCACCUAAGAGUAGCGACUAGUAAGCGGUUAGUAAGCGUAAGGUCACGCGAUAUCGUACACAAUCACAUCCAUAGGAGUGUUUAUUUCGUUUAUUAUUUUUUUUGCUGUUUUCUUUUUUGUUUACAUAAUAUUUGUUUUGAUAAGCUAGUCACAGUAAGAUUUCAAUUGCAUUUUUCUCCAUGCGUCGGACCGGCGGCAGCAGGAUGAUGGCAGAAGAGGUAUUCUUACCACGUGUGGAUCGAAUUCUUAUUUACACGGCGAAAAAAAGUCGAUUAUAAACAGUGCAACAGUGUGUGUAUCGUUUGACUCUCUAUUGAGUGUAAUUGUUUUCGUUUAUUGAAAUAAACUUCAUCCACGAUAUCUGGCAAUAAAACUGAAGCUACCAAAACACCAACAUUUAAUGUGUAUUAAUUUAUAUAUGAUUAUCCCUGCCUUUUUGUUUGAAGUGCAUUCUGGUCAAUUUAUCAGAAUACCAUAUACACAGCAAAUAAUUUUGUAAUAUCCAGGCGCGUAAUUUAUGGUGAUGUAUUCAUUUUCGAACGUAAUUUCACUCGGUUACAUCGUUUUCCAACAAUUAUCACACUCAACAAACCCAUUCCAGCAGAUACCUAGAAGCAGUAUCAUAUUUAUCACCUUCCUUCUAACUCGGUGAAAUAGCUGAGAGGUAAGGGAUAUGCCUCACAAUCAACGGAUCAGUGUACGAAUCCAUGCCAAUAUUUUACUUAUAUAUGAUUCAUAUACACCAAAACCUCCAUUUAGGUAAUGAGUCGGGACUGCCUAAAUAGAUUUUUUACCUAAAUGGAUUCAUUACCUAAAUGGAUUCAGUUUAUUACCUAAAUGGAUUACAAGGUUGCAAAGAAGUUCAACAAGGGAGAGUUACUAGGAGAUUUAAAGGAGAUCAUGCGGAGAUUCAGAUGGCUUUCAAGGAGUUUCAGGAGGGGAUGGGCUUCAGGGGCGUUUUCGGGGGUUUUGGAGGGUCUUAGAUCAGAAUUGACAUUCAAAUGACUAGCUGGGCACGAAACACAAAAAACUUGCGAAAAACCCUGCAAAAUUCCGCCAGACUGAAAAAAUAUUGAAUGUCGGGUCAAAGUUGGAUCAAUUUUUAUCGUAUGUUGGGCCAUUGUUGGACCAACAUCGAACAACUGUUGGGUCUAUGUUGGGUUUGGUGGCCAAAAUAAAAACAGGUGAAUGAUAGGUUGAUGUCGGGUUUGACGUCAUCAAUGCUGGAGCUGAUAUCAAUUGAAUGAUGGAAGGAUGGUUGAUUAUCUCAAUUUCAGCUGGAAAUGACACUUUUCAACACUGCAUGGAAGG